AUUGUACUUGCAACAGAAACAAAACACGUGAACUUAACAUAACCUCAGCAGAGCGAAUGUACAAUGUGACAAUAUGAUGCGUGUCUAAAUACAUAUCCAUUGUAAAGUAUUGCCUUCUGCGGACAGUCUCUUCAAAUAUGUAUAUAAUGCAUAGCAAUUUGGAAGUUGUGUCCUAAUCGCUUGGGAAUAGUACGGAGAAUAAAUUCAGUCGAGCCAGUAGAACAGCAACUAGCAGAAUUCAGAUGUCCACUUUCGAUAAUUAUGUCCAUUGCUAAAUCUUUUUUAUUUUUUAAUAUGCUUUAGUCACACAUUUUACCUUCAAAUUUCGAGAUGAAGAUUACGGAUUAUGUGUUGCGAAGUUUUAGGGUUGCCAGGACGUUUCGGGAGAAUUCGCAGAAAGUCAACUGUGUGGACUACAGCCCAAACGGGGAGAGCGCAAUAUCUAGUAGCGACGACGACUCCAUUGUUUUAUAUGACUGUCAGGAGGGAAAACCCAUACGGACCCUUUAUAGUAAGAAGUAUGGGGUGGACCUUAUCCGUUACACGCAUGGGAAUGCCAAUACAGUGGUCUACAGCUCCAACAAACUGGAUGAUACUAUUCGAUACCUGUCUCUCACUGACAACAAGUACAUCCGCUACUUCCCUGGGCACACUGAUAGGGUUGUUGCUCUCUCCAUGUCACCAGUGGAUGACACGUUUAUCUCAGGCUCAUUGGAUAUGACCAUACGACUAUGGGACCUGCGCUCUCCAAACUGUCAGGGUCUCACUAAUCCUCUGGGGAAGCCUGUCUGCUCCUUUGAUCCCGAGGGCCUGAUAUUUGCUGCCGGGGUGAAUUCUGAGGCGAUUAAACUGUACGACCUGCGGUCUUUUGAUAAGGGGCCCUUUGCCUCCUUUGAGACCCAGUUUAGCCGCGCCUGUGAGUGGACUGGGCUGAAGUUUAGCAGGGACGGCAAGCAGAUUCUCAUCACCACCAACGGGGGUGCUAUUCGCAUUCUGGAUGCCUUCAACGGAUCUGUGCUGCACACUUUCUCAGGUUACAACAACAGUAAAGGCAUUUCAUUGGAGGCCUGUUUUACUCCAGACUCAGAAUUCGUCAUGAUCGGUUCUGAGGACGGGAGAGUCCAUGUGUGGAGCACUGAGAGUGGGAUGAAGAUCGCUGUUCUGGAUGGGAAGCAUUCAGGGCCAAUCAACACCUUGCAGUUUAACCCUAAAUACAUGACGUUUGCCAGUGCCUGUUCCAAUAUGGCUUUCUGGCUUCCCUGUGUAGGAGACUGAUAAAGGGGUUUGGCCAUAGACACCAGCUGUCAAUCAUUACUCAGGAUGCCUGACUCCUUUCAAGUACAUUGCAUUUUUACAAAAAUGUUUUUGUUGUCGUCUUGUUUUUUUAAACUGUGAGCAUUUCCGAGCAAUGUGUCACAAUGUUAAUAAGUAGACAGUUUUGGACUGUUAUAAUUCAGUGACAAAUCUCCAUCUGCUGCAUUUUAUCUGCUAAUACAUGUUCUAUGUAGUUUUCAGUAUUAUGUAUUUUGUACUGUUUUCUAAAAGUAUUAAAAUGUUUUCAUGUCUAA